AUGAAGGCUUUUAUCUGUCUCUUGGUCUUGGCCACAAGCGCUAACGCUGGAAUACUUCUUGGAGCACUCUCUGGAGGUGGUGGUGGCGGUGGUGGUGGAGGUGGAUACUCUCAUGGUGGUGGUGGUGGAUACUCUCAUGGUGGUGGUGGCGGUGGAGGACAUGAUCAUGGUCAUGGUCAGGAAGUCAGCAUUAUCAAAGUAAUCCAUGAAGAAUCAUCAGGAGGUGGCGGUGGAUACUCCCACGGUGGUGGUGGCGGCGGCGGUGGAUUUUCCCAUGGUGGAGGACAUGAUCAUGGUCAUGGUCAACAAGAAAGCAUUAUCAGAGUAAUUCAUGAGGAAUCUUCUGGACAUGGUGGUCAUGGUGGACACGGAGGUCAUGGUGGACAUGGCGGUCACGGUGGACAUGUUGGUCAUGGUGGUGAUGCUGGUCCAGCACAAGUCAUCAAAGUAAUUCAUGAAGAAGGUCACUCAAGUGGAGGCGGUUUCUCAAGUGGAGGCGGAUUCUCAAGUGGAGGUUACUCUGGUGGUCAUGAUCAUCAUCAUCAUGUAGAAGCUGCUCCCCAAAUUGUUAAGGUUAUUCACGAAGAUCACGGUAGUUCUGGUCAUUCUGGUCAUUCCGGUCACUCAGGUCACUCCGGACAUGGUUCUUUCUCUGGCCCAGCCCCAGUUGUUCAACAAGUUCAAGUGAUCCAUGAACAAGCUGGAGGUGACAGUGCUGGAUUUGGACAUGGAGGUGGAUUCUCAAGUGGAGGUGGAGGUGGAUACUCCUAUGGAGUCGGUGGACACGAUCACCACGACCAUGGUCAUGGUCAUUCCGGUGGUGGUGCUCAAGAAGUUAAAAUCAUCAAGGUUAUCCAAGAAGAUAUCGGACAUCAUCAUCAAGAAAGUCAUCAUCAUGAGAGCCACGGAUGGGCCUAA